UAAAAUAAAAUAAAAAUAUUAUGAACUCUUCAUGCUUGACCAGAACAAAUAUUUAUAACUUUUCAUCCAUGACAAGUAUUUUAGUUCGGUUCUUCAGGGACUCCAUUCUAUUUUAGCUCCUGUAUAACAAUACUUCAAAGCUGUAAUUACACCCUCUAUAAUCAGCCCAUUCCCAGUGUAAUUAAGAGUGCCACAAAUUUAAAACUAUGAUCUUACUACUGAGGGAAAAAAGUGUGUGGAAGAGAAAGUUUAUGUUUUAUGUGAAGUGCCCUCCUGUUAUGCUGACAAAUUUAAAAUGUAGAAUAAAACAAAAUAAAAUACUACAAUAGAAUAAUUUUUAAGAGGGAAUCAUUGUGUUUCUGAUAAUAGAUGUUUUCCUCCAUCGUUUCUAGCAUCUAACUCUCAUCAAUAAGCUCUUUCCUGUCAAACCCUGCACUCUUCCCAUAUGUUAUAAAAACUCUAAACCCCUUCAGAAAAGUCUCAACUCCCCUUCAUUCAACUACCAUCCACUGUGGAUAUGAAGAUAUACGUGAAGUGAUUCCUGGUACAGUGUCAUGCUAAUAUAAACCAAGUUUUAAUCGGCAGAGAGUUCCAUCAGUGAACUGCAUAACUUCUAAGCAAUGUGAAUAAAAUUUUACCUUAACUACAAAUCAGGAAGUUGAGUACCAAACAUUAAUGUACAUGUAUGGUAACAGUUCAAGCAAACCAUUUGAUAAAUAUAAUAAUAACCACAUUAAUAAAAAAGAACAACAGUAAUAACGGGCACUUAUCAAAUGCUUACUAUAUUCCAACACUGUGGAAAUCUUAGAUGAAUUAUCUUUUAAUUUUCACAAAUGACCCCUCAGGUAAUACAAUUAUUGCCCUAUUUUUCAUAUGAGGAAACUGAAGCUCAGCGAUGUUAAAUUACUAUCCAGAUUAAUUAGCUGAUAAGAGCAGGGCCAGUCCUGAAGCCAGGUCCAACUGAAUCUCAAACUCAAACUUGAACCUGUUUAUACAGCCUUCAGGUGAGACUGCCUAUGGAUUAUAAACUACAUAAGCAAUUUAACCCAAAUAUUCUUGCCCUUACUCUUCUACUAAGGCUCCUGGUGAACAACUGUUACCAAUCAAUGAGGGGUCGGGGGUUUGGGGGCAGUGAAAGCAGAAAAGCAAGAUAACUAUCAAGAUUCUCCUCCCCCAUCAAAUUCAGGAAUUCCUUUCUGUAUUCUGUAAGAGCUGACUAAACACCAAUCUUUCUAAAUUACAUAAAUGUUUAAUCACAGCUGAUAAAUUACUAAAGCACCAAUCACAAAGUAGAAUGCACUCUUGUAUUUUUCAGAUUAAAGAAGCUGAUUGACCAAGAAACAGAAUCCCAGGAGAAGAAGGAGCAAGAAACGGAGAAGAGGGUCACCGCCCUGAAAGAGGAGUUGACUAAACUGAAGUCUUUUGCUUUGAUGGUGGUGGAUGAACAACAAAGGCUGACAGCACGGCUUGCCCUUCAAAGACAAAAAAUCCGAGACCUAAUCACAAGUACGAAGGAAACACGUGCUAAACUAGCCCUUGCUGAAGCCAGAGUUCAGGAAGAAGAGCAGAAGGCAACCAGACUAGAGAAAGAACUGCAAACGCAGACCACAAAGUUUCACCAGAACCAAGAAACAAUUAUGGCAAAGCUCACCAAUGAGGACAGUCAAAAUCGCCAGCUUCGACAAAAGCUGGCAGCACUCAGCCGGCAAAUUGAUGAGUUAGAAGAAACAAACAGAUCUUUACGAAAAGCAGAAGAGGAACUCCAAGAUAUAAAAGAAAAAAUCAACAAGGAAGAAUAUGGAAACUCUGGCAUCAUGGCUGAGGUGGAGGAGCUCAGGAAACGUGUGCUAGAAAUGGAAGGGAAGGAUGAAGAGCUCAUAAAAAUGGAGGAGCAAUGCAGAGAGCUCAAUAAAAGGCUUGAGAAAGAAACAUCACAGAGUAAAGACUUUAAACUCGAGGUUGAAAAACUCAACAAAAGAAUUAUGGCUCUGGAAAAAUUAGAAGAUGCUUUCAACAAAAGCAAACAAGAAUGUUACUCCCUGAAAUGCAACUUAGAAAAAGAAAGGAUGACCACAAAGCAGUUGUCUCAAGAACUGGAGAGUUUAAAAGUAAGGAUCAAAGAGCUAGAAGACAUUGAAAGUCGGCUGGAAAAGACAGAACUCACCCUAAAAGAAGAUUUAACUAAACUGAAAACAUUAACUGUGAUGCUGGUAGAUGAACGGAAAACAAUGAGUGAAAAAUUAAAGCAAACUGAAGAUAAGUUACAAGCUGCUUCUUCUCAGCUUCAAGUGGAGCAAAAUAAAGUGACAACAGUUACUGAGAAGUUAAUUGAGGAAACUAAGAGGGCACUGAAGUCCAAAACUGAUGUAGAAGAAAAAAUGUACAGUGUAACCAAGGAGAGAGAUGAUUUAAAAAACAAACUGAAAGCAGAAGAAGAGAAAGGAAAUGAUCUCCUGUCCAAAGUUAGUAUGUUGAAAAACAGGCUUCAAUCACUGGAAGCAAUGGAGAAAGAUUUCUUAAAAAACAAAUUAAAUCAAGAUUCUAAUAAGUCCACAGCAACAUUACACCAAGAAAACAAUAAGAUUAAAGAGCUCUCUCAAGAAGUAGAAAAACUGAGACUGAAAUUAAAGGAUAUGAAAGCCAUUGAGGAUGACCUCAUGAAAACAGAAGAUGAGUACGAGACUCUAGAACGAAGGUAUGCUAAUGAACGAGACAAAGCUCAAUUUUUAUCUGAAGAGCUGGAACAUGUUAAAAUGGAACUUGCCAAGUACCAGUUAGCAGAAAAGACAGAGUCCAGCCACGAACAAUGGCUUUUCAAAAGGCUUCAAGAAGAAGAAGCUAAAUCAGGGCACCUCUCAAGAGAAGUGGAGGCACUGAAAGAGAAAAUUCAUGAAUACAUGGCAACUGAGGACCUGAUAUGUCACCUCCAGGGAGACCAUUCAGUUCUGCAAAAGAAACUCAAUCAACAAGAAAACAGGAACAGAGAUUUAGGAAGAGAGAUUGAAAACCUCACUAAAGAGUUAGAGAGGUACCGGCAUUUCAGUAAGAGCCUACGGCCUAGUCUCAAUGGAAGAAAAAUUUCUGACCCUCAAGUAUUUUCGAAAGAAGUUCAAACAGAAGCAGUAGACAAUGAACCACCCGAUUACAAGAGUCUCAUUCCUCUGGAACGAGCAGUCAUCAACGGUCAGUUUUAUGAGGAGAAUGAGAACCAGGAUGAGGAUCCUAAUGAGGAGGAACCUAUGCUGUCCUUCAAAUGCAACUCAUCUACUCCCUGUCCUGUUAACAGGAAGCUAUGGAUUCCUUGGAUGAAAUCCAAGGAGGGCCAUCCUCAGAAUGGAAAAAUACAAACUAAACCCAAUGGCAACUUCGUACAAACUGGAGAUCUAGUCCUAAGCCACUCACCGGGGCAGCCACUUCACAUAAAGGUUACUCCUGACCACGUCCAAAACACAGCCACUCUUGAAAUUACAAGUCCGACCACAGACAGUCCUCACUCUUACACAAGUACUGCAGUGAUACCAAACUGUGGCACCCCUAAGCAAAGGAUAACCAUCCUCCAGAACGCUUCCAUAACACCAGUGAAAUCUAAAACCUCUGCUGAAGGCCUCGUGAAUUUAGAGCAGGGUAUGUCCCCAAUUACCAUGGCAACCUUUGCCAGAGCACAGACCCCAGAGUCCUGUGGUUCUAUAACUCCAGAAAGGACAAUGUCACCUAUUCAGGUUUUGGCUGUGACUGGUUCUGCUAGCUCUCCUGAGCAGGGACGCUCCCCAGAGCCAAUAGAAAUCAGUGCCAAGCACGCGAUUUUCAGAGUCUCCCCAGACCGGCAGUCAUCAUGGCAGUUUCAACGUUCAAACAGUAAUAGUUCAAGUGUGAUAACUACUGAGGAUAAUAAAAUCCACAUUCACUUAGGAAGUCCUUACAUGCAAGCUGUAGCCAGCCCCGUGAGACCUGCCAGCCCUUCAACACCACCGCAGGAUAACCGAACUCAAGGUUUAACUAAUGGGGCACUAAACAAAACGACCAAUAAAGUCACCAGCAGUAUUACUAUCACACCAACCGCCACACCUCUUCCUCGACAAUCACAAAUUACAAUCAAGGAGGUAUGCAAGCAGAGAAUCCCAACACGGAUCCCUAAACCAAAAUCUACAGGCAUCACUAAGCUUUCCCCUAAAGCUUCCCUAGGGCCAAUGGAUAAGCCCAUUCACCACACUGGCUAUGGGAAGCUACACAUCAUAAGGACUGUCACCUCCAACACUUUCCUCCACAUGGGAGGGAAAAGGUAAGUCAUGCCAAUGCACUGCCUGAAUAUAUUAACCUACAGAUAUACGUGAAAAGCUGAAAUUACCACUUUGGAAGGCCAAAGAGGACAAGCCAUCUCUCCAGGAAAGAAGAAGCGGCAAACUGACAGGUGGUUUAUUCGUAGGUUGCUGGACCUGGGGAAUGUCAUACUGAAAGAGCAGCACAUCUACAGUUAUUUUCACCUAUAUGUGUAAAUGCAUACACACACAAUCCCAGGUCCAGGGAUACCCCUGCAGAUCUUCACCCUACUUGUAAUCCAACCCAAAUUUGGGACUAUCAUUACCCUGGAAUAGGACUGAAUUCACUAGAACAGUUCAAAGGUAUUCUGGUGAAUACAGAAGUAAUCCUUCAUUCCCCAGAAUUUUAUUGAAUCAUAUUUUGCUAAGAAGAUGUGCUGAUGAGAAUUCCUAAUCUGCUUCAAGAAAGUAAUACUAUUUCCAUCAAAAUGACAGAGCAAUUAAAGUCAUAUUUAAGGUCUAAAACUAUGGCCUCUUUAUGAGCAGGAGGAAAAAAAGUGGUAAUUCUUAGCUUUGAGGAGGAAAAGAACAAAAAGAAAUGAGUAACAGCUGGACACGGGUACCCUUUGUGUGGCCUACCUGAUAAUUCCAGUACAAUGUGUGCACACUUUACUGCUGGUACUUAACCUGCUGUCCCAUGUUUCUAGUAGGUUUCCUCCUGUACAUACCAGGCCAUGGUAUCAUGUUGUAAGGCAAUCAUAGGCUUGCAAGGCAAACCAUUUUAGAUUGGUAUUGCUGCGAGAGUCAAAGUUCACUAAUAUUGAGAUAUUUUAGGGAGAUAUGAAUCAUUGUCCUGGGUGUUAAAAACACAUACACAAUUUAUUAUUUCAUAGGAUAUUCUUUAAUCAACAUCUUUUUCCUGAAUCAAUGCUAUAGAAAAAUCAGUUGAUUCAACAAAAACCUGGCAUCAGGAGACUCAAACUCCAACCCUAGUUUUUCACUCAUUCAACACUGAGCUUGGCAUUCAUUAGUUAAGGCCUUGAGUUUCUCAUACGUAAAACAGGAGAGCGGAACAAUUCUUCAUGUCUCUUCUAGUUCUGAUAAUCCAUGAGUAUAUCUAACUACAAAAUAUUGAAUUCAACUAGUCAUCCACAAGGCAGGACUCAGUCCCCUGGUUGGAAGCUAAGGUAAUUCUUUUUAUUACACUGAAAACUGUCUCACUGAAUCAAGAAAAAGAUGUGUCUAUAAUUCAGUGUGGACAGAGUAACACAAUGAUGUUUUAAGACAAGGCAGUUUUGACAUGAGAGACAGUUAUAUUUCAUAAAGUUUCAGUCAGAAAAAAAAUAUAAAGAGCAUGACCCAAUGUUCUCUGUGAUCCUGCACGGAGAAGGGAGGCAUGAUCCGGGAAGAAAUCCUCAUGGCUAAGGAACACUGCUUCAGCCAGCUGUUCCGAGAUGGAGCCAAUGGUGCAGGAGCAAAGAAAAUGCCAUUCUCCACACUCAUCUACCCAGUCAAGUCCACUUCAAUACAUUGAUGCCACCAGGCCCACUCCUAUUUCAAGGAGGAGAAGGACUGGGAGAAGGACUUGAGCUAUGCAAGCCAGAGAGAUGGAUGAUGCGCAGCAGCCCCAGGAGGCAAGUGCAGAGGGAGAAGGUGGGGAGCCAGGUGACUGAAGAGUCUGACGUGGAAAAGUCUAAGGUAAAGGAAAGCAGCAAGAAUAGUGGAAAGAAGUGGACUACAAAUGAAGGUGAUGAAGCUGUGACCAUAAAAAAGAGAAAAUUCAGAGGGAAGUGCAGGGCAGUAACAGGUGGAUAGUGCAACGGGAGAACACUCUGUAGGGAAGGAACUUAGUUAGCACUGUGUCUAACAUAAUCCUGUAAGGUUAAGUGAACAGAGGAAGAGUGAAUGAAGGAGAUAAGGGCUAUUCAAUCAAGACAUAAGUUAGAAAAUGUUCUAAGAGAAGGCAACGGUAUAUGAUAGGGUCAGGAAAAGCAGUUAUUCUGGGUAACAUUCCAUACUGAUAAUUAUACUGAUGGAAAGAAAAAACACUGGACCUCUUACAGUGGAAACCAAACAGACUGAAAAGAAGCAUAAAACAGAAAAAACAAGGACCAACAACAGUCCCAGAAAAUCAAAAUACCCUGGAAACAUUUACCUUGAAGAGGAACGCAAAAUAUGUUUUUUGUUGGAGAUUCCAAAAUUGUUUUCGUUUAUGUCAGGAGAUUCCCUAAAAUACACUUUCAUGGCAAAUUGGCCUAAGUUCAAGAGCAAGAAACAAAAAAGGUAGGAAAAUAGUGACAUUUCUAUGGCAAGCAGCAGAAAUCCACCCUUAAACAGCAAUACAGUUCUAAUCCCAUUAAAAGAAAACUCUUUAAACUAACAAAGUCUAUUUUAACAGGAUUACCAACCAAAACCAUACUUACUUUAAGCAAUGUAUAAUACAAUGAAAAAUGCAUAAACAUCUAAGAACUGGGAAUACUAUUUGGAGUUCAAUAAAAUGGUGUUGGACCUAUAGCCCAACUGAAAUAAAAAGAAUCCUGCCUCCUGAGCAUAGUCCCGUUUUCUGCCGAAAUGUAGCUCCUUUGAAGACCAAUGAAAAUAAAAGAAGCUGUCGUAAUAAUUCUAGAGUGACUUUAACUUUUAAAAAGGAAGAAGAUGAAAAUCCAAGUGAAUGAAAACAAAUCCAAUAUGUAACAAAAAUGUUAAUAACUUGAUUACUUUUAUGCUGGAGACUUUCCUCAGCCCUUCAUUUAUUUAACUUCAGUGAUUUCUGAACUGAUCUUGUAACUGUUUGAAAUAAAGUACAGGCACACAGAUGUGUUUUCUACAAAUUGAGAGCAAGAUCCUCCAACAGCAAAAAGAUUAUGACUCAUAUUUUUGCAAUACUUGCUUUUUUUGCGGUGGCCUGGAAUUGAACCUGCAAUAUCUCCGAGGUGUGCCUGAACGUGAUUUUAGCAGGAAUGUGACUGAUCUAAUAUAUGACUGAUAAUUAUGGACUGAGUAAUGGAAUAAUUAAUGUAAAACAACUCUUUCUGGGGUAUGUUUAAAUUUCUCCUUCUUCUGGGGACAUGAGACAUACAACUUGGGGUCCGACUCUGAGUCUGGGACACAAAUUCGGCCCACUGUCUGGUCCUUAAAAAGAAGAAAAUUUUGUGAGAUGUGAAAAUUACAUGAAAUUCUAAUUUUGCUGUUCAUAGAUAAAGUUCUACUGGAACAUAGCCACAAUUGUUUGUUAACAUAUUUAUUGUCUGUGAUUGCAUUUUUGCUAUAAUGGCAGAGUCAAGUAGUUGCAGCAGUAACCAUCUGGCCAGCAAAGCCUAAAAUACAUACUGUCUGGCUUUUACGAAAAAGGUUUGCUGACCUCUGCUCUAGUGUGAACUAGAUUAACAAGGAACUCAGGGAAAAGAGCUUACAAAAAACUUAAUUGAUUAGUAAAUACUAAUAAUUCAAUUAAGAAUUCUAUGAAAGCUGGUGAAAAUGGGGAAACUAUAUUUCAGGCUAUUUGUGAUAUAUUUAGUAAAAUGUUUAAUUCCAUGAAUGCACUAAACUGUUCAACUAAAGAACAUCAGAUAAAACAGGUCAAAGAAUCUGUGCCACAAAAUAAUGUGUUAUGAAUCUGAAGAAGGAAAUGGAAGUAUUUCUAGGCCUUCCAAAUGCCUGGUGUUUUUCAAGAGAUUCGUGGACACUUAGCAAAAUUACAGCAGUUCUACUACUUUAAUGUGAUUUGGAGAAAGAUGUGUAUAUUGUACCUUUAAGUGUUCAUAAUUGUUGUCAAGAACUUGUUUAAUCAUUUGCAAGAAUCAUGGAAACUGUAUAUGUUAUCUAACUCAAGGGGGUUUGCCACUUGGGGUGCUCUUUAUUCAAAAAUGAGAUAUGGUUGUCCCAAGGUAGUUUUAUUUACUUCCAGCAAGUCAAGAAAACAGGGUAUUCAUAUCCAAAGCUCUGUCUCCUUGAAGGGAGGCUUAGCCAUUGCUUAUAUACACUAUUUCAUCAAUUUUACAUAUUGAUUUCUUCUUUGCAGUUGGCUAUACUUAUCAGGUUGGGUGCCUGUCCAGCUCAUCCUAUUUACAGCCAGUCUGCAAAAUACUGUGCUACAUUUUAACAUUUAGCAAGAAUAGCACUUAGUAAGAAUGGCCAAGACUUUGAGACCCUUGUCUUAUUUAAUAUGUAAAGUAAAACUAGCCCAUGAAAGUGAUCUGUGGGUUCACAUGUUAUAGUCUUCAAGUUCAGAACAAUGACUAAUAAUAUAGAGCUCCCUCUCUCCAUUCUCCUUCAUCUCGCUUUUAAAAUUUUAUCCUGACCGUUUUUCCCCUGAAUAUGUGUCUUAAAAUAAUAUCAUCUGAAUUUUAAUUGAACCACAUCAAUGUAUAAGUCCCAUAAUGUAAGCAUAUUGUUUUUCCCCUUCUAUUUCCAAGUGUCUAAAAUAGGGCCAAGCGUGAAACUUCAAUAAAUUAUUCUGAAAACAA